AUGAGUUACAAGGAGCUGGACGAGCGCCUGGAGAACGACCCCAACAUCAUCGUCUGCUGGAAGUGACGGCCGCCCCCGGGGCGCCCUGCGGCACCGGAGCCGGGAUGGCUUCGGCAGCAUGAGUCCGUGGAGAAGCUCAACAUGCACGCCAUCCUGAGCGCCGCCGCGGGCCGGGAGCAGCUCCUCACAGAGCUGCUUGUCAGCUACGCCAAGAUUCCUGUUCUCAUUGGGGAGCUGAUCUCUGUGGAGAUCUGGAAGCACAAGAUCUUUCCUGUGCUGUGCCGGCUGGAAGACUUCAAACCAACAAGCACCUUUCCCAUCUAUGUGGUGCUGCAUCAUGAAGCUUCCAUCAUUAAUCUCUUGGAGACGGUGUUUUUUUACAAGGAGAUCUGUGAGUCGGCCGGGGACAGCAUUCUGGAUCUGAUUGAUUAUUGCCACCGAAAACUGACCCUGCUCGCAGCUCGGAGUGCGAACGGACAGAUAGUGACCCCGGAGGAGCUCCAUCCCACGGCUCUGGCCAGUCUGUCGUCCAUGCAGGAGCUGCAGAAGCAGGCGGAGAUGAUGGAGUUUGAGAUUUCCCUGAAGGCCCUGUCUGUGCUGCGGUUCAUCACCGACCAGGUGGGCAGUUUGCCCCUGAGUGCGCUGACACGGAUGCUGAACUCCCACAACCUGCCCUGCCUCCUUGUCGAGCUGGUGGAGCAUUGCCCGUGGAGCUGCCGCAAAGCAGGCGAGCUCAAGAAGUUUGAGAACGGAGCGUGGCAUGUGGUGCCCCCUGAAGACCAGGUGAAGAUGACCAAACUCGAUGGGCAGGUGUGGCUUGCCCUCUACAACCUGCUGCUCAGCCCUGAGUGCCAGCGCAAAUAUCACUUUGAUGGCUUCAAUAAGAGCCAGCUCCUCAAGCUCCGUGUGUUCCUGACAGAUGUCCUCCUUGACCAGCUACCCAACCUGGUGGAGAUGCAGAGAUUUCUGAGCCACCUAGCAGUGACAGAGCCGGCUCCCCCCAAAAAGGAUCUCAUUCUGGAGCAGGUUCCUGUCAUCUGGGACCACGUUCUCAAGAAGAACGCGGGGAAGUGGGAGGCCAUCGCCAAGCACCAGGUGAAGCGUAUGUUCAGCCCUACCGAGGAGGAGCUGAAGCUCCAGGCACGCAGGUGGGCCCAGACGUACAGCCUGGACAUGAUGGAGGCUCUCAUCCCCGACAAGCCCAGGUGCAGGGUGUGCGGCGCGGAGGCGGCUAAGCGGUGCUCUCGCUGCCGGAACGAGUGGUACUGCACACGGGAGUGCCAGGUCCAGCACUGGCAGAAGCACAAGGCAGCCUGCAACCUGCUGGCCGAGGCACCGAAGCCAGCGGCCGACCCGAACGCGUAGCUGCGAUUGGAGUCCAGCCUGGGCCUCGGAGAGGUAGAGAUUUCCCCUGCAAGCAGCGCAGCUACCUGAGGAGAAGCGAGCAAAGGUCCCCGGUUACAGCAGGGCGGGUGCUGCCCUCGGCCCUGGGGUGCACCAGGCUUCUGGGGCAGUGGCAGGGGGGCGCUGGGAGGCACAAUCGUAUCUGCAGUCAGGGUGCCGGGAGCUGGGGAGCAUCCAGAAGGGUGACACAGGGCCGUUCUCGCAGCCACCCUCCUGGCCUUGCACCUGCUUUAGCGAGACAUGGGCUGACCCCAGUCCUGCCCGUAUCUGCCACCACCAGCGUAGGGUGCUCCAGCCCGGCUUGUCCAGCUGAAGCCCCUCACUAACUCCUUGGGAUGUUGCCUGCUCCGCACAGGAAGGCAGAUCUCAACCUUGGAGCAUUAUCUGGUGAAAGAAAUAGCAAACUUGCUGCUGCUUCAGUCACCUGGUGCCCUAUGCGAGGCAGGUCUGUGCUUCCCCAGCAGCGCUGCUCUCUGCCCCACAGCGCAGCAAGCGGCUGCUGCAGGCGCCUUGCCAAGGCCCCAUCCUCUCAACCGCAACUCCAAGCGCCCCGGAAAGACUUGGCAAGCUUGAAGGGGCCCUGCUGCUGCCGCCCUGCCCAGGCUCAGCCUCUCCUGUCGCUGCCACGCUGCUUUUCCCGGGAGCAGCAGGAGCGUUUGUGCACCCCGCGGGCCUUCAGCUCCCUCCUGCACCUCCCGGCACGCGCAGGCUGAAGAAGAUAAACCGCUUCCUCCGCUGCCUCGUG